AUGGACACGCAAUCUACCACCGCAAGGACUGUGGCCAGCAGGGACGCGAGCAUUGAAUACAUCAGCGACAACAUCUUUCAAUUGACACUCUCCCCAGAGAACAAAGCGGAAGUGUUUGAGCCUGGCCUUUCCAAGCUCGACCAAGGUCAAGAGGAGGCCAGCCUCAUCCUUCGAAAUUUGACCUCAUGGUGUCCAGAUGUCGCUGCUCAGUUUGCCCAACGCUCAACUACCACGAUCCUGAAGACACCGUUCCGUCUGGUCUUUCCUUCAGACGCUCGGGGGGCUUUCGACAAAGACCUGUAUCCACGACAGUAUUUCGCGAUCUCCUAUUGCUGGCAUUCAGGCGACUAUCCGAACCCGAAUUAUGAACCGCAUGAUCGUUGGCCUUUCAGCAAGCCCUUUGUAGAUGCCAUUCUGGGUGAGAAAGAAAACCCUCGCAUAGGACUUUGGAUUGAUCAGCUAUGCAUUGACCAAGAAGACACUCUCGACAAGCAGAUGUCUGUUGCCGCCAUGGAUGUGAUUUAUCGAUCAUGCAUGCGUCUGCUGGUUCUGUUACAAGACGUGAAACUUACUGAGGCGGAGACGUACCUCGUGGAGAACUUCGAUAUAUCCAAAAUACAGUGGCACAAGGCAUGGCUACCGGAGCCGGAGGUUAGACCACUCUAUUUGUCUUUCUACAAGAAGAUCAACGCAGCGAGAUGGUGGGAUCGUGCCUGGUGUUUCCAUGAAUUCAACGUCAACGAACCAUGGAGCGACAAAAGGCAGCGAUACAGGAAUCACAACGCGACGUUCUUCAUGAAUGGACCGGGUGAUUCCAUAGUCAAGAUGAAAUGGGUGAAUCUCCAUGUCAUCAUGUCUACAGCGAUAGACUUGCCGUCUCAUGACAACGAUAUCAACCUAAACGCUUUCAAAGGCCGAGAAAUAUUCACGGGCUUUGCUAACCAAGGCGGACCUCCUACAGCGACCAUGAAAUCGAGUAUUAUGGCCUCGCAUAACAGUGUAGCUCGAAAAGGCUGUCAGAAUCUUGGAGACCGCAUCAGCAUCAUGAUAAACAUCAGUGGGCGUGCCCUCGCAUACUUCGGCGAAGCCUUGAACAACAAAGACGAGGUGCUAUAUUUCAGCGCACUUCUCGCUCUAGCGGCAGGAGAGACAUACCCACUCAGUAUGACGGACCCUACAUCGAUCAAACUCAUGGGCAAUAAGACGUGGCUUUCGCGAAGCCUCGGUACUGGCGAUGCUAUAAUUCCAAAAUUCCCCCUUGGAAGUGUGCAGGGCAUCCGCCAGGUUUCGACCGAAGUCAUCAAAAUCGACAUGAUUUUUCUUCAAAGGCUCGGUAUACCAACAGAUCACAGCUUCGAGCUGGACGCUGUUGGCCAAGUUUUCCCUGGCACAAUACCAACUACAGAGCCCGCAAAGUAUGCCGCUGAUGCAAGCAAAUCGCAUUUACCUGCCGCCCAGACGGACAGCGAAUGCGACGAGCACCGACGAAGGUUCAUCGCCACUUGUAUCAGCAAUGGUAUUCAGUUUACUGCCAAUCUAUGGGAGCAGCUAAAACGUGAUGUUGUACACCCCAACUAUAACCAAGGCAUUUUCCGAGAUCUGCAGCCAAACACUGCCCUGAGUAUACCAGCACAAAGGUUUUUGGACCAACUACAACGAGAUGCAACUCCAGAAACGUUGGAAAGUACUGUAUUUGAUGUGGAUGACGCCAACAUCUUCUUGACCUGGGUAACCGAUCCUCGUUCAAUGUAUUACAUCGGCUCUCUUUCAUUCCGCUUGCAAUGCACCAUGGAUGGGCGUCAGGCUCUCAUGACUAUCACGAGCAUUAAGGAAGACUGGAAAGAUGCCAAGCUUGAGGAGCUUCAAGCUGCAAUCCCUACUGAUUUGCUUAACGCGAGUUGCAUGACGUCGAGGGUUUGGAUUCUGCAACCAUUGGAGAUCGAUGAAGGCGUUGUGUUGAGAUGGAAGAUUGUGGCAAAAGCGCUGCUGCUCGGUGAGCCGAAUUUGAUGGAGGAGUUGAGACUGCAUGGUAAUCAAGACGAUGCGGUGGUAGCGUUGAAGGCGGACACAUGCGUGGGUGGUUAG